AUGUACAACUCUGGCGGGGAGGUGCGCUCCUAUGCUCAGCGCGUGUUCGCCUUGUAUAGUCGUGAAAAUGUUCUUUCAGUUUCACGCUUCUGCCUUGCCUGGUACGUAUUGUGGGGAAAACAACCGAAUCCAACCGUAACGGAACUACUCUUUGGUCGGUGUGAUGCCUCUGGUGAUGGAAACGUGACAAAAUAUCCGAAGGAAAUCUGUGAGGAGGGUUAUGCGGCCCCCUUGAGGGGCUCUUCAAGUGAUUAUUGUAAACGACCUUCAGGUGUUAACACCGUCGCGGUUGGUGCUUCAGUGCCGCCCAAUGCAACUCUACAAAGACGAAUAUCUGAGGAAGAGUUUGUACGGUUUGCUGUUGCAUAUUAUGACUCCAUGGGGAAUGACGCCUCAGACUUGAGUGACGUGCCGGGAGCAGCAAAUCCAUUUCAUGCCGUCCCACGGGUUGCGCAUUGGGCCCACUUCAUCGCACUGGCUGGUGACAAGGGAUAUGUGACGUUACAGGAUAUUUUAGAAACGGAAAAUGUUGCGUGGCUGCGACCCCCUGAAUAUGAAGAUGGCGACGUAAAUCCAAAAGGUGUGCGAGGCGGCGGACGUGCCGCUUUACUCUCCCACGCAUUUGCUAUUGCAGAUAGUAACAAGGAUGGAAAAGUAGUAUUUGGCGACGUGGAAAAUUAUAUGCGACCAUUAUCAUCGUGA